AUGGAAGCCCCGAUGCCUAACAGAAAGUACAGCGACGAGGAGAAGCGUCAGCUUAUUGCAAAUCUCGAUAUUGAGGUCGCCCAUCGCAGCAGACAAUUCGAGGCAUGGCUCGCAGACCGUCUCGAAAACUUUACUAUUCACCAGGAAGGCCAGGUGUCACGGAUACCCAAACAAGUUCGUGGUAUGUCGAUGCGUGAUUUUGGCGAGAAAUAUGGGGGAAACGUGCAGCUGGCACUGAGAGGCUUUCAGAAGGAGAAGCUUGCUGCAGCUGGAGGAGAUUCCAGCUUUACUGAAAUUGACAAGAGCAUGAGGAAGCGGAAGUGGGUGGCGAAUCAUGAGGCUGAGCUAGAGGGAUCCAAGGACGCCGAUUCUCAUAGAGCCACAAAAAAUGCUCGAAUAACUUUAGCCUCCCCGAAAAAGACUAUUCCAGGUUCGUCAACAGGCCCUGGGACCGCUCAACGAGCGCGUUUACUUGCAGCGGCGAAUAAAACACCUGGCACGUCGCGCACUAUGGGCAGGGCACCGUCCUAUUCUAGUCCCCAGAAAGCACGACUUCCUUUGAACAACACCACAACAACUUACAAUCCUCACUCACUAUCACGACCCACUUCGCCCCUCAAACACCCAACGAAGCCAACCAAUACAACGCAACAUAACCGUGUUCCAUCGACCUCAACGUUUAAGCCAUCCUUGAUGCCCAAAACGCCUAAAUAUCCUCGCGCCGAUGAUACCACAACGGGCAUGCGGCUUCCAAGGAAGGAUGAAAGCAUGCUCAGCGUCAACGGAUCUCCCCUAGCAAAUCCAUAUGAGUUUGGACUGGGGUGGUUUAAAGGGGUGGAAAUGGGAGAAUCUGUGUUAGAAGAGGAGGAAGACAGCGAUGUACAGAUGAACGGCCUGGGCGCGACUCGGACUCUGAAACGAACCAAAAGUAGUAUCAUCAUCCGACGCGAUCCUUCCGUGGCAUUCCCACCUGGCCACAGCGGAUUUCAUUCACGCACGAACUCGCAAGCGAGCUUCUUCACCGCGUCAUCAUCACAAACGUCAUCAUCAACACAUUCCAGGGAGAAUUCACAAACCAUGCAACCUCAACCAGAGCCCCAGCCCGUCUUUCGCUUCCCAUCUUCUCAACCCCACCUGGAAGCCACUCCUCGACCGAUACCGAAACACGUCAGAUCUUUCUCCGCGUUGGUGGCGAUACCAACCAAGGACGGUCAUCUUCUGGAAUUUGACCCUCUACAAACCUCUCCUGGUGCUCUUGACGCCCUUGAAGGCAUUACUGAUAGUGCAAAGAAACAAGCAAGAGUGGAAAUGGGACGGCUCGUACAGGCUGCUGUCGAUAAAUGGAAAAUUGGUUAG